CCCCGGUGCGGUGCAGCCGCGGAUGGAUGCUGCGGGAAGGGGCUGCCAUUUGCUGCCCCUGCCAGCGGCGCGCGGACCUGCCCGCGCUCCCGCCGCCUCCAGCGCCCUCAGCCCGACCGGCCUCUGCAGCGGCACCGCCUCGGUUUCUUUCGCGGCCGCCGGAGCGGUCGCCAUGAACCCCAGUUCCUCGGCGGGAGAGGAGAGAGGGGCGACGGGCGGCAGCAGCAGCAGCGGAAGCGGCGCCGGGAGCUGCUGCCUGGGCGCCGAGGGCGGCGCGGACCCGCGGGGUGCAGGGGCAGCGGCGGCUGCUGCCUUGGAGGAGCCCGCGGCCGCCGGACAGAAGGAGAAGGAAGAGGCGCUGGAGGAGAAGCUGAGGGACUUAACUUUCCGGAAGCAGGUCUCUUACAGGAAAGCCAUCUCCCGGACAGGCCUCCAGCAUCUGGCUCCUGCACAUCCCCUCGGUCUUCCUGUGGCAAAUGGUCCAGCAAAGGAGCCCAGAGCGACUCUGGACUGGAGCGAGAAUGCUGUGAAUGGGGAGCACCUAUGGCUGGAGACCAACGUCUCGGGCGACCUCUGCUACCUGGGGGAGGAGAACUGCCAAGUCCGAUUUGCAAAAUCCGCUCUCAGGAGGAAGUGUGCAGUCUGCAAAAUCGUGGUCCACACAGCCUGCAUUGAGCAACUAGAGAAGAUUAAUUUCAGAUGUAAACCAACAUUUCGGGAAGGAGGCUCCAGAUCGCCAAGAGAAAAUUUUGUGCGUCACCAUUGGGUCCACAGGAGGCGGCAGGAGGGAAAAUGUAAGCAGUGUGGUAAGGGCUUCCAGCAAAAGUUCUCCUUCCACAGUAAAGAGAUCGUGGCCAUCAGCUGUUCCUGGUGCAAGCAGGCGUUUCACAAUAAAGUGACCUGCUUCAUGCUGCAUCAUAUUGAAGAACCCUGCUCCCUGGGGGCUCAUGCUGCUGUUAUUGUCCCGCCCACCUGGAUCAUUAAGGUGAAGAAACCUCAGAACUCCCUGAAGGCCUCCAAUCGGAAGAAGAAAAGAACGAGUUUUAAAAGGAAAGCCAGUAAAAGAGGAACUGAGCAGGAAACCAAAGGCCGUCCUUUUGUCAUCAAGCCCAUCUCCUCUCCUCUCAUGAAGCCUUUGCUUGUCUUUGUGAACCCAAAGAGCGGAGGAAACCAGGGAACCAAAGUCCUACAGAUGUUUAUGUGGUACCUGAAUCCACGGCAAGUCUUUGAUCUUUCUCAGGAAGGGCCAAAAGAUGCGCUAGAGUUAUACAGAAAGGUACCAAAUCUGCGAAUUCUGGCCUGCGGUGGGGACGGAACGGUGGGCUGGAUCCUCUCCAUCCUGGACGAGCUGCAGCUGAGCCCACAGCCUCCGGUGGGGGUGCUUCCACUGGGGACUGGGAAUGACCUGGCUCGGACGCUCAACUGGGGCGGGGGUUACACCGAUGAGCCUGUCUCUAAGAUCCUGUGCCAGGUGGAAGAUGGGACCAUUGUACAGUUAGAUCGCUGGAACCUCCACGUGGAGAGAAACCCAGACUUGCCACCCGAAGAACUUGAAGAUGGCGUGUGUAAGCUUCCUCUGAACGUCUUCAAUAAUUACUUCAGCCUUGGAUUUGAUGCUCACGUCACAUUGGAGUUCCAUGAAUCCCGAGAAGCAAAUCCAGAGAAAUUCAAUAGUCGUUUUCGAAAUAAAAUGUUCUAUGCAGGGGCAGCCUUUUCUGACUUCCUACAAAGAAGCUCUAGAGAUCUAUCCAAACAUGUCAAAGUUGUCUGUGAUGGGACAGAUCUCACCCCAAAGAUCCAGGACCUGAAGUUCCAGUGUAUAGUAUUUUUAAAUAUUCCCAGAUAUUGUGCUGGCACAAUGCCUUGGGGAAACCCUGGAGAUCAUCAUGACUUUGAACCCCAGCGUCAUGAUGAUGGCUACAUUGAAGUCAUCGGAUUCACUAUGGCCUCUUUGGCUGCCUUGCAAGUUGGGGGCCAUGGAGAAAGGCUGCACCAGUGUCGGGAAGUGAUGCUUCUGACUUACAAGUCCAUUCCCAUGCAAGUGGAUGGGGAGCCAUGUAGAUUGGCACCUGCUAUGAUUCGGAUCUCCUUGAGGAAUCAGGCCAACAUGGUACAGAAGAGCAAGCGGAGAACCUCAAUGCCUUUGCUCAAUGACAUCCAUCAGGUGCAAGCUGCGGACCUACGGCGAGUGUCUGCUCCCCCCGGCUCCUUCACCAUUCCCCAGUCUGUCCCAGAUCGCCUGAGGAUCCGUGUGAACAAAAUCAGUUUACAAGAUUAUGAAGGACUCCACUAUGACAAGGAGAAACUCCGGGAAGUGUCCAUCCCUCUGGGUAUUCUAGUUGUUCGUGGAGACUGUGAUUUGGAGACUUGCCGUAUGUACAUAGACCGCCUACAGGAGGACUUGCAGUCAGUUUCUUCUGGGUCACAGAGAGUUCAUUACCAGGACCAAGAAACCUCCUUCCCCAGGGCGCUCUCAGCUCAGAGGCUGUCCCCGCGGUGGUGCUUCCUAGAUGCAACUUCUGCUGAUCGCUUUUAUCGAAUAGACAGAUCUCAGGAACAUUUGCACUUUGUGAUGGAGAUUUCUCAUGAUGAGAUUUUUAUUCUGGACCCAGAUAUGGUGGUGUCACAGCAGGCAGGGACACCUCCAGGAAUGCCUGACCUGGUGGUUGAACAGGCUACUGGGCUGUCUGACUGGUGGAACCCUGCCCUGAGGAAACGUAUGCUAAGUGACAGUGGGAUGAUCACACCCCACUAUGAGGACUCAGAUCUGAAAGACUUUAGCCACUCCAGAGUGCUACAGUCACCAGUCUCUUCAGAAGAUCAUGCAAUUUUGCAGGCAGUCCUUACUGGUGACCUUAUGAAGCUCAUGGAGAGCUAUAAGAAUGGAGGGAGCUUACUAAUUCAGGGACCAGGGCACUGUUCGCUCCUUCACUACGCAGCUAAGACCGGCAAUGGGGAGAUCGUGAAGUACAUCCUUGACCACGGACCUGCAGAGUUGCUGGAUAUGGCAGACAGUGAAACGGGUGAGACAGCACUGCACAAGGCCGCCUGCCAAAGGAACCGGGCUGUAUGCCAGCUUCUGGUGGACGCAGGAGCAUCUCUGAGACAGACGGACUCCAAGGGAAAGACACCCCAAGAACGGGCACAGCAGGCUGGGGACCCAGAUUUGGCUGCUUACCUAGAAAGCCGACAGAACUAUAAGAUCAUUGGCCAUGAGGACCUGGAAACUGCUGUUUGAUUGUGGUAGACAGGAAAGAAGAACUUGAGCAAGCGUAUCACCUACGCCCUCCCAGCCACUGGGCAGCUCCCCUGGAAGAAGCUAAUGGAAUCCAUAUCUGCCUCUCUCCUGCAAGGAUCUAUCUGAGAAUAUGCUACCAGGUUUUAAGGGCUACAGGGAUGUACAACAGGACAUGAUAGCCCAUUGAGAAGGAGGCAGGCUACCGGAGAUUUGUGGAGUACAUGGUCCACAAAAUUUGAUCCUUAUUGCUUCUAGCCAAGUAGCAUGAACUUCUGUGUUCACCCAUCUAAUUUAUUUGAAAGAUUCUGAGGAUUUUCACAUAAAUGGCACUGCUCCACCCUCCCUCUAGGCAUUCACCCUUCCCCUGUACUCAUAAUUUUACUGUAAUCACCCAUCGAUUUAGAAACUAUGGUUUCAUCUCUUUAUUUUCAGUCUUCCAACCACAACAUUGUCUGACGGUCUUUGAAACCCUCCCGGAUGUCUUACAGAAAUAUAUCUAUAAAACCACUUCCAUUUGCAGACUAAAUAUACCAAGACUAACUAGUGGCUUUGCAUGUCUCCCCCAACCCCCACCUGGUUUCAUCACAUAGGGGCUGGGAAGUGCCACAGGGCUAAUGUCAACUUAUGUGCUCUGUCUCUGGGGUAUGGUAAGGUAGUAUGGGAGCUGUCUGUGCUUGAUGUACUUCACAGAUGUUACCUAGAGGUAGCCCAGGCAGCUGGGCUGCUGGUGAUGAGAAGGAGUGGUUCAGCUUGAGCUGUUUGUACAGCUCUGCACUGCCCACGUGCAGCCAUCUUUGCCUUCUGCUGCAGUAGAGAUGAGCCAGGGAGUCAAUGAAACCCCAUAACUGGUUUACAGAGCCGUGUGAUUCUAAGUGCUGUUUCAAUGACAGGAUUGAACCUGUCUUGGACAGUGGUUAUAGGAAAUGGGGCACUCAAAUGUUUAAUCCUAACAUUGUAAAAUGAUAACAGAAAGCAGUCUAAUUGACUGGAAAAAAAGAGCAAAAAUAAAAGUGGCAAUGUAUGUUACAAGAACAGCCUUUGGCAUUUGGGGCUGAGGCUAACAACUGCAGGCUCAUGGAUACAGAGGUGAAAGGGGGUUUGUGUGUGUUUUUCUUAAGAGUUCAGUUUUCAGGGAAGGCUUGACCCAAGGACAAAGUCACUUUACCAGUUCCAUGGUCAGACUCUCAGGAUGCCUGGCCCUUCCUGGUCUGUGCUUGACCUACGACCUUUUGGGUUCUGAGAUCAUGACUGAUGACCCUAUUUUCUGUGUAUUAGGGGAGUCUAUUUUGCUCCUUUUCCUACCUUAUUUUCUCCCAGCACAAAUUUCUUAAUAUAAGCCACUGUGGCAGAAAUAGUUUCUAAAAUUGUCACUUCUGUUCAUGCCGUGGAUCAGGUGGGGCCUGGUAAUAAGGAAGGAAAAAAUAUCCAACUUUCUAUCCAAAAUCUCUUCAACUUAGGGGGUGGGUCACAAAAACAAGUGGGGUAUGUAAUCUUUUCUUUCUGUUUUCUUCCAUUUUUUUCUUGAAGAGAGCAAAAUGCUCCCUCAGCAUUUCUGCAUGUGACCUUUAACUUCACAGUCCAAUGGGGAAAAUUUACUUAUCAGAAUCACGAAUCAUCAUUUUGAAAGGACGGAUAUGAUGUGCCAUAUUAAGUGUAAGGAGGCUUUGAGUGGGGAGGGAUUUCAUUACUAGAGAUUCCCGAUAGUAAUUUCAAGAUCAAACUUGGCAUCAUAUCUAGCUGUGGGGAAAUGGGUUGGCUAAGAAUAAUGUGUUUCUAGGCAUCCAUCUCAGAACUGGAACUCUCUCUGGACUAGAUCAUUUCCAGGAGUUGAAGUCACUGGGUUUCUGUUAGAAGUUUUUUCAGUUGUUAGGGCUGUCAAGGAAAUAUUGUGAUGACAAACAUAAUCCUUAGAAUGGACUGGAACCUGGCUUUGAAUCGAGCCUUCCACCCCCUAGAGUAAGCCAAGCACUUGGCCAAGCAGUUGGUUAUCCAGCUGGCCACUGCUGAGAUGCAGGUCUAUAUUUUCAUCAACCACCAUCUCAUAUUUCUCUGAGAAGGUUUCAAAACAGCCCAGAGAAAAUUUAGGAUAGAGGUGGUUAUGGGCCAAUCCCAAUAACUCUAAGAUAAGUAAAUCCUUAGAAUGAAGGUAGAUGCAGUACUGACUACCGUAGGGGUCCCAGUGCUGUAGAGAUUUAUUCUCAAACCCCUAAAAAUAAUUUAGAUAGUACAUUACUGCUGAGGAUCCAUAUACUAUACAAGGUCCAUCUCUGGAAAAUAUAGCACCUCUAAAACUUGGAAUGUCAAGAAAAUGUGAACAAAGAGGCCACAGAUUUCAUGAUUUUAACAAUUUUAAGUCUAUCUCCUGUAGGAUGUUUUGUUUUGUUUUAGUUGUUUGUUAUGUGUGGUAGUUCUGAGCAUCAGAAAGAGCUAAAGCCAUGUGGUCCAGGAGUGCCGGUCUCUGCUUAGGCAUAUAAUAUCACAUGUAGUGAGCCAACAGGAGGUGUGGAAGAAAAUUGAACAGUUCUAGCCUCACAUACUUUAUCAGACAUGAAAAUAUGUACCUGUAAAAAAUAAUCUUUACACACCCUGCUGGGGAUGUUCUGUAAGGAGCAGCCCGCCUAGCUGAUUCUCUGGUGUCUACUCUCUUGUGUCUUCCCUGGAAUUCUUUAAAUUAGGCUGGUGAGAGCAUGAAAAAUGACAUGUUAUUAAAAGAGAGCAUUGUACAGCUGUAAAGGUAAUAAUUUUUGUGACCUUGUAUUACAUAGACGAUGAAACAUUAGCCCAAUCUUUGACACUACCACAUUCGCCAACACAAGAGAGACAGAAUUAGUUACCCUAGAAGGGUAAACAGCAUGACUUGGAAUUUUGCCUUGAGAUUUCUGCCUACUACCAUAGAGGUGAUGAUUGAAACCCAGUGGGAGUUCUGAGGCAGAAUUCAGCUGCAGCGAAAUUAGUAAGAAAUAGUAGAAGGCCCCUAUCCCUUGCUUCUUCCUGUUUCCCCAGAAGCUGCCCAGGCACAUUGGUCAGGGUUCUGAGAUGCUCAACAGGUCAGUUCUUUUCACCGGGACCUAGUAGAGACUCCUUCGCAUAAUGGAUCUCUGAAAUGUAUUUGCUAGAAUCUUUAGGAUAUCCAUGCCUAAGAAAAUAAAGUAUAGCAAUUUCAUUUUACCAUGUCAAUUAUAUGAACACACAGUUUAGUUAUGAAAGUAGCACAUGCAUUUUCUAAAAGUUCUAACUCCAUGGGAAGCAUCCCAUGAAUGUGAAGGAGUUCUCUGUGCUGGUAUCCCAACUCAGUACCCAGAAAGAAACACUGUCAAUGUGGACAAACAUGCUUGCUUGGAUGUUAUGUCAGAAAUUUCUCGCUCAUAUACACGCCUAUCUGUACAUGCCACAUAUAUCCACCAUACUUAAAUAGAAAUGUAUUUAUUUGUAUACACAUAUGGGCAUAUGUGCCAUACACCCAUAUUGCAUAUGUUUAGAAACGACAUUUUAAAAGCAUGCAAAUCAUCUUUACGUGUAUAGUUAACACUCAUAGGCAAUGGUUGGUAAAGAAACACAAUUUUCAUUUAAUUGUCAUUUCCUCUAUUCCUGUGCUUACUUCUAUUCCUGCAUUGCUACUGUUGCACAUGGCAUUGGAUAGUGUCAGAGUCAUAAAGUCCAUAAUCAGUAAGUCUUUUGAUUACUUAUAUGUUGCCUUCCAUAAUACAUGAAACCACCCUGAGCCCUGUGGCUUGUCCAUUCUGUUUUUAGAUCUCAAGGCAGUAAAGGAGAGUUAUUUCUUCUAUGAUCUCCUCACUGCAUUAAAGCUGAGUUGAGAAGCCUAGCACCCAGUCAGCUUUCUAAUGCUCUUUAACUGGGGCAAGCUGUUGUGGAGGAGAAGGGGUAGUUACUUGGUUUUGGUCUGGUGUUGGAGCAGCUUGUCUUCCAGUAGGAGAAACUAAUUAAAUCAUUGAGCAUAGCAUGGUGUUUUAUUCACUUCUGCUCUUUAAAAGUAAAAAUAGAUCUUCGUUAAAAAUGGCUCACCAUAACCACCAACUAAGACUGCUAAUUGUUCUCUCCAACUAAAUUAUGUUCCUGUUAGGGAAAGAAAGACCAUGUACUAAAUUAGCUAUCUGAACACACUGUAAUAUGUAUUUAGUAUAAACUGUCUCUGCCCAUGUCUCCAACAAUGCUGCCUUUUCAACUCAUAGUUCUUCUCAGGAACUGAGCUCCACAGUGAGCUGAUGAGAUGUCUUCUUCCAGUAUCAUCACUCAUGGCCUUCCCUCCAGUUCUCUGGCUGAGGCAACAUUCCUGGCACCACUGCCUAUCACUUUGUUUCACAGAUGCUUAAAUCUUCCCCAGAUGUUAUAAUAAAAUAUAUCAAGAUAAAAUUUCCCUUUGAGGGCAAGUACCUGUGUUGGCCAAAGGAUAAGGACAUGCCUCCUGACCUUGGCCACAUUAUAGAGUUAUGACCAGUUGAUUCUUAGAAGCAGUCAGGGAGGUUUAGUUUAUUUUUUUGUUUUAGUGACCUGAGAGGUCACAGUCAUAGACACCCCUUCCACAUCGGAUGGUGUAGGAUGGUGCCAGCAACAUGUGCUUUUAACAUCACCCAGAGAGCUGGAUUGCAUAAGAGUUAUACCCUUGAGAGCAACCUAUGGAUUUUAAGGUUGUUAAUGCAGCUUAACAAGAAACCUAAAAACAGAAAUGAGCAAAGAAAACCACACUGGGCAAUCUGCUCAUGCAGAACAUUGAAAUUUAUUAUUCUGGUCCCAAAGAAGAAACAGAGAACAAUCCUAAAGCUAUUAAAACAAAUACUUUAUAGUAGAACCUAAAUGUUGGAUGAUGUGUUACUCCAGGAAGUACUAAUUAGAUAUGUAUUCAGUCAUGCUCAUCCAAUAACAUGUUCAAAAACCUAUCUUAUUUGUAAGUUUCUUUUAAACAUUUCUUUCAAACUAUUUAUCACUCAUUGCAAUACUCGGUGAAAAUCUAGUUACCUAUGAAUGGAGUGGAUAAACAACUUCUGUAGACAGGGACAAAAGAAAAAUCUAAAUAGUUUAAAUUCUGUGAGUUGUGUGUGUAUGGACUCUGGGCUACCUCAGUAUGUCCUGAAAGUUCACCAGAGUCUUUGUCAUGUUUGUUACUCUGGGUAGCAUAUUUUAGUUCUGUACAAGCAAAUGUUAAAUAGGAAAGCAAUAGUAUUAUUUUGUAUUUCCAUUUCCUUGGAAUCCUGGUAAUGUUCUAAAAAGUAUCCUUGAAACUAAAGCUUUAAGAUAAAAGUUAAAAACUCUACUUAAAUAAAGGCUAAGAUUUAUUUAUCCCAGGCCUCGGGAGCUAAACCAGGAAUAAUAAGCAGAAUGUUCAGUGGGUUUUGAUUAAAUAUAAAGAAGAUGAAGUAUGAGUUGCCAAAUAAUGCAGUAGGCAUGCAUACAGAGUUACAAACUUUCAACAUCUGGAAACACUUAGGUGGGGGGUAUUUGACCAUCUUUAGGAAUGUCACUAGUAAGGACUCAAGAUCCAAAGGGGCUGCAAUUACAUUGUUAUUUUCUUUACAUAAUUUUGAAAAUGGCCUUGUCUGAUGGCAACAUUUGAUCUUUAAAAAUUUAUGAGAACCUUGAUUUCUUAAAACAUCACUUCAUAUACAAGGAAGUUUAAAACCUUGGAGGGAGUGGUCUUUAGUUCUCAUUUUAAAAAUUUAAAACUAAGCACAGAUUCAAGAACUCAGAAAAGAAGAACACAUACGGAGAUAAAAAUUCAAAAUUCUUCUGAAAACAUUUUGGGUGUUGAUGAAUAUUUUUGGACAUUUUCAAGAAAAUCCUUAUUGGAAAUCUUACCAUUCUACCAAUAUAAAAAAUUGUUGUGAUUCGAGAUUCUUAGAAUUAACUGUAACCUAAUCACAGAGGGAAAUUCUGCUCGGGGAUCUUUAGAAGCUAAGUAAAUGUACAUGAAAGGCAUCAUGGGAAACCCCUUGGCUUCUGGUACCAGCAUGGAAAUUGCAAUGGAGGAAAUUCAGAACAAAACAGUGAGAUUGGUUUUCUCUGUUUCCAGAGUCCCAGUAUCUGGAGGCCAGGGCUGUCAGAGUUGGCUGCCUUUGGUAAUGGGAGCCACAGGGACUCUCUUGUUUCUCAGCUCUUUGUUAAGACACACAUGUGGCUUACAAUAUAAAGUAAUUUAAAACAAUUAAACUAUUGUUUAUUAACAGCUUCCUUAAGUUUUUUUUAAGUCAGUGCUUUGAUAGUUCGAUGCAUUUUUGACAGUUCUGAGCUUUUACAUCUGAUACCAUUCCAUGUGGGGGAUAAUACAGGUAUGAUAUCCCAAAUGAACAAAUUAGGUCUUGGCAUAGUGAAUUAACUUACACAGAAUCACACAGUCACAGGGUCCCCGUCAGAUUAGGGAGCUCUUGAAGUUUCAGACUACUGUACCCCAAAAUGAUGCUUUCUGGGAAAACAGUUGUCCACCAUUGCCUUCAGUGGAGUUUCAGAUCCGUUGUUCAGUUUUCCAUGAUACAAAGUUUCUCCAUUAAAAAAAAAAUCUAUCAGAGAUGCCAGCAGCCAAAUUGAGUAGAACAAAGAGACAUCUUAAAUUUACAAUUCCAGAUAUUUUGUUAUCCAGAUGUGAACAAAUUUCAAACACAAAAGUCUUCAAGGUUUGGAUACUGUGGUAGAUUUCAAUUUUGUUUAAGAUCUCUCUGCCUUUGUCUCUGUCUCUUUCUCUCUCUCUGCCUCUCUCUCUCAUUCUCUCUCUCCAGCCCUCCUCCCUCCCUCCUUCCCUCUCUCAAUGAAAGCUCUAUUUUGCCUUCUUUGAAGGCUAAUAUUGUUUCAGAACACAAUACCAAAAGGUGUUGAGAAUGGCCCUGUCAUUCAAAGCAUGAUUGAUCUGUUUAUGGGAGGGUGUAGGUUCAAAGUUCACCCUAUACAAUCACAUACAUAGACAUUAAGACACAUAUGGGAAACUAUGCAGAGCUUGAAGUGGAAAGAAUAGCUAAUGUUCUCUCAUAUGGAUUGUAUAUUCUCCCAGGAGUGCCUAUGGGCAGACUGGUGAAUUUGUACAAUGAUAUCUGAUCCUGAAAAAAAAAAAAGGCAGUGUUAAGUUAGGAAUAAGAAUGUCCCAAGGAGAUGGGUUGUUUGGUACUGUCAGAUCCAAGUUCUAAAGAAUGAACAAGGUGUGAACUCGAAACCAAGGGCAAAAUAGAUCAAAACAGGCGUGAAAAGCUGGUAGCUUUAUAAUGUACGGCUUUUCGUUUCUAAACAUUGCAUCCAGAAAAAUUCAGUUGGGCUUCCUUGAGAAACAAAGUGUUUUUCAACUGUUUCUUCCAGUGCUUAAGUGAAGAUCAAAAAUCAGCUUAUUGAUCACAGGAAAGUCCAUCCUUAUUUGGGAGGGAACUUGGAAAAAAUAUAUUUCCCAGCUUUAGUUUUCUAUUAUUUUAGACUGAAAUGAAUCUUAGAGCCCAUUUGCUUCCAGGCUCCUGACAAACAGAUGGCAAAUUCUUAGGGGGAAUCAAGGGCAUUUUUGAACAAUAUUAUUCAUUGCAAUUUAGAGGCAGAAGUUCUUAUUCUCUGUCUUUCUCUAUCUGUGUCUCUGUCUCUGUCUCUGUCUCUGUCUCUGUCUCUGUCUCUCUCUCUCUCUCUCUCUCUCUCUCUCUCUCUCUCUCACACACACACACACACACACACACACAAAAUUCUUUUGCUACUUGUUGUCCUUUUGGUUGGGACUGGGAUUUAGAGAAAAGACUGAAGACACCUAUAUUUGUAUGAUCAUAAAAGGACUGGAGCUUUUCUAUUCCUCUCUGUGACUAAAUGAAACUUAAACUCAUGACAAUAGGCUAGUGCAGCUAUAUUUUUAAAGAUUACAGUCUUAAUUGACCAUCUCCCCUUUUAUCCCUAAUGGUGAUGUCUGAGACCCAGUUUUCUGGCAGGGGUAGUGGGAAGAGUCUGUGUUCAAAUACUGAGGAGAUAUAUCAUACCCAGAAUUAUGCUCUGAGAGAGUUUUUACAACCCCAUUCUCUCUUCUCUUCUGGGUCACUCCUUGUCCUUGGCUUGGGAAAGAAAAAUAAGAACAGUUUUAUAAGAAGAGACAAAAAAUUAAAAUAAAAAAGAUUCUCAGGCCUAGAACAGCUAGAUGGCUAUCGUCUUUUAUUGGUACAGGCUCUCAUGGCAACUCACAGAUAAUAUAUGAACACACUCAAUGAACAUUGGUGCUCUUGUAGGAGGCAGACUUUAGAGUGGCUUCAAGGAGUGUUAGCUGGGAAGUUUCAGUUUAUGCAGCUUAGUUUAUCUUGUUUAUUCACAUGACUGAAUGUGAAACUUGGGGGUUGGGGAAUGGGCGCCACUAAUGGAAAGGUUUGUAGUAGAAAUCCCAAAGAGUAGGAUGCUGUUUCAGAUUCCUUUCCUCUGUCUCUCUCUCUUUCAAAAAUGCCCACAAUUUUUUUUUUUUAAUUUUGAGACAGGGUUUCUCUGUGUAGCCCUGGCUGUCCUGGAACUCUUGUCUGUAGACUAGGCUGACUUCAAACUCACAGAGAUCUGCCUGCCUCUGUCUCCCGAGUACAGUGACUAAACUCACGCACCACCAUGAGAGGCCCGGUUCACAGGUUGCUGGUUCAUUAAUAAAGGCUGAGAAAAGUAAGAUCAAUUUUAUCUACAAAGUUAAAUGUCUUUUAGUCUUAAAUAUUCAGAUAGUAGACCUUAUUAUUUGAGGAUAUAAACCUAGCUCUUUUGUUUUCCUCUUUAAAAUGGUAUAUAUGAACUGAUUACAAGCAAUCUCUACUUAAAUGAAAAAUGCCCAAAGAAAUGACAGCCCUGCAUCAUUUGGGGUUUUUGUUGAAGUUCAUGAGCAGUUGUCACAGAAGCAUUCUUCAUAUUUGUAGUGUUUAAAGCAUUUCCUCAUCUUGACGCCUACUGCACCCUGCAUAAUGCAUCCAAAUGGCUCCUGAUCAUUGGGUUUUCUUAUCCAUGACAUUUUUCAUUUCCCACCCUACCCCACACUUCUUCCUGGUUGGACUGAGGCGCUAACCCAUGCACAUACAGGCUUAAUUCGCAGUGCAGUUAGGAUCUUGUUGCUUGCUGAUAUCCUGAUUGUGAGUUGGGACACAGCAGAAUGUCUGCCCUGGGGGAAGGUGGGAUGAAUCUGGGGACUUUAAAGGACAAAAUGUUACAGUGCAGUAGAAAACCAUGUAUGGAAGACGUAACGUGCAAAUUAGCCUCAUAUUUGUUAGCUCAGCUCUUUUUCCAAAUUGCCAAGGGUUAAGUGAACCACCAGGAGUGCUCUGUGGCCCACAGCUAUUUGAAAGCGAGGAAGUGAUCUCUGUGAAGCAUUACAUGGCUGCUAUUGCCGUCAGAAUGAAAAUGUUUCAGAGUGAAAAGGCUCUUGAGGCAUCCUGAGGACCACCGGCCAGAGGUGGGUCACUCACAGAGGCCACUCACAUGUAUAUGAAGACUUGGGGUCAUGUUGUAAAGGGCUCAUUCAUGCUUUCUGAUUCUGUCUGAUUACAUCCCAGAGCCAUGCCACGCCACUGCAAAGCUGGCAGCUGCAGGGUGGGGUUUCCCCAGUAGUAGCAGCUAUGGCUGUAGACGAGGAAGUUUUAUCUCCAGGUAAAGUGGAAUCCAGAUACUAUGAAGUGGAGGGAGGGUGGGUGGGAAGGGUGGGUUGGGAAAUGGGAAGAAAGGAGGUUUUUUUUGUAAUAAAGUCAUAAAGUAUUUUUCCCUAAUUUUCUCGCAUUUCCUAUUUAUAUAAAGAAUCUUGAUCACUGUGUUGCUCUACAGAGAUUUUCAAUGGAAUUAAUUUGGGAGACUGAAUUAAUCUCUGCAAAAGAAAUUGACUAGUUAUACUUACUUUUUGGACACUUUUUCUGUAUUGUGAAUCGUGUGGAAAUGUACAGAAUAAAAAUGAAAUAUAAUU